AUCUAUGAAAUGGAGGGAGGACAAGAUAACGAAGAAAAGCCAAGCCAGGAGGAGUGGCCUUUGGAAAAGGCUGAGGUUGGUACUAAAGAGAUUCUUGUUACUUUUUUUUCUAAAGGUCGGUGGGAUCUGUUCCCUAGAUGGCUGCAAAGAAAAGGAGUUUGUAAUAUGAUUUAAGGUUUUUGCAUUUUUUUUGCAUGACUUAGUGAUCAUGACUUUAGGACAAGGGUCUUUGGUUGAGUUAAUCGUUUCAGAGAGUACAGAGUUUAAUUUAUAUAUGUUGUAGUUAUUUUUUUAUCUCAAGUAAUUUUUGUUUUUCUUUUUUUUUUUGCGUAUGGUAAAGUAUGCUAAUGAAGUUGUAACAAAAGAAAAAUAAAAGACUUUCCUGAGAUAAAAAAUUAACUAUAACAUAUAAAACAUAUGUACAUUCUAGUGGAGAGUUUGAUUACAGUAAAAUGACUGAAAAUAACAGUCCCUUGUCCAUCUGGGAGGGCAUCAUCAUAAGAUCCUUUUCAGAGCUCUAUAUUAAUUGUGCAAUAUAAGCUUAAGUCAUUGAAAUAAUAGUGAGGUCAUGCAGUAUUCUCCAGAAGUUCCGGAGACCGGGAAAGUUGCCUCCUAGUUAACACAGAGGUGUUGGCCACUCACAGAAAAUAAUUUUAAGUAGGACAAUAAAGCCAUUGUAUUUCAUUUUAUUUUUGUUCUGAAGGGGGUGGGCCGCUCAGGGUUACUCCAGCUUUCAAGUAAUGGGGAUGAUGAAAAUCUAAAAAAAAUCCCUCGGGCUUCCAACAGAACCCAAAAAAAUCCCUGGACCAAAAAUUAAGCCCCAAAAAAUCCCAUGCCAAAUUUCCAGAUGCAAUGUAAUGCCCUCAAAUUUUCCUAUCAUCCCCAACCCUACACACAGUUCUGGCACAUGAAAGACGCACUUUUCAAUCUCAUCAGUGCCGGCUAUCUUAUGUUUUUCUCCUUCAUUGUGUAUCAAUAGUUUCUGUCUUGUACUUUGCAAAAAAAAUGAAAGCCAACAAGAAGGGGAAAUUAAAAUUUUACAUUUUUGAGGAUGACCUGUGAUGGUGCAUCCAAUAACUUGGUAGUAAUGCCAGCAGUUGAUACGUGUGUUUUGAUAAGAUUGUUUUCAUGCACUUAUGCAUUAAAUUUUAGGUUGCAGUACAGCAACUCUAUGAAUUUAGAGAUCAUUACUUUGAACACAAUUCCACUGACAAAGCUUUGUUAAAAAAUCAAGAAACUGAGGAAAAGUUAAAGGAGACUCUAAAUAUUCUGGAUUAUGUUCAAGGUAAGGGGAACAUUGAUUUUUUUAUCUACAGCAUCAAAUCUUAGUAACCUCAUUACCAGAUUCCCCCUCUUCUUUCUCUUGCUCCUUACGGACGGGUAGGAGAGAACCCUAGGGGUGAGGUUGCAAAUCGUUAUCUUAGGUGAUUUUCACAAACUGGAUGGGAGUCAAUUAUGUCAGUGAAUUCAAAUUCCUUGUGUUCAUGUCGCCAUGAAAAUUGUAAAGAGGUAGAAAAUUUAAAAAGGUAUGUUGAUGGCGUGUGAGAAGUGGAAGAAAAUCUGAAUUUCAAGGCCAGUAAAAAUUGUUGAGAGCUCAGAGAAACGUUUGGGAAUUACAACCAAACCAGGUAAAGUAUGCCCCGUGAAUUCUAUUAAUGAAUGUAUCAAUUGAAAAUUGAAUUCAUUAGUCUACCAAACCAUGUCUGUUAACAUAAUAUAAAUCUACAUUCAUACAUGCAUAAAAAAGUAGUGACUGAUUUUAUACUACAACUUGUCUGUAUUUCAUCAAAUUGAGAAAUCUUUCACACUUUGAAUGUAUAAAACUCCUGAAAAAGUUCAAAAAGAAAGCUGAGCUGACAGAAAUUUUAACUGCCUCGUGCAUGAAUUUACUGCUUAUUACAUAUCCAAAAAUAAUGAAAUGAACCUGAUAUAAGCAACUGACAGAUUCAAUUUUCAAAUAAUGAAUUCAUCAAUAGAAUCAAUAGGGGUAUUCAUUUCCUAACAUGACUGUAAUGAGUGGCAUGCUGAAUAAAUGCUAAUCUCCAAACUUAAAUAAAAUAAAAAAGGGUAAAGUAAAUACAGUAUAUAUUUAGUACAUUUUAACAUUAAUAUGACUUGUAGAAAGUUUUAAGUAAACAUAUUCAAAGGCUUCAUUUAGUUUGCAUGGCAGCAGCUAAAUCAUAUGACAAAUCAUUUCAGCCUGUAGUGAAGAAACAGCAAAGUGUUUGUUUUUGAGAGGAAAAGCUCUGAAUGUAAUGCCUCACUAUGAUCCUAUGGCUCAAGAUGCUCUUUCUAAAGCUGUCAAGAUGAAUCCUAAACUGGUUGAGGCCUGGAACUGUCUUGGAGAGUGUUACUGGAAGAAUGGACAAGUAGAAGCAGCAAGAAACUGUUUUGUUGGAGCACUGAACCAUGUAAGUUUAUCCUUCAACAAAGAUUUGACUUUACUGAAGAAAAAUACUAACCAAAAUCACUGAACUGUUAACACCUGGAAAAAAAAAGGAAAAAAGCAAUCAUUUCGUAUUUUAAUUUUCAAAAAGCUUGUGUGACCAUCGGUGAUUCAAGUAGCUCGUGCUUGAAAAGAUAAUGAAUGCUCAUGAAGAAAUAUCAUGCAUAGGAAAUCAAAAUUAUUGGAAAAGAUGCUUUGUCACUAAUUAUUAAUGAUAAGUUUGAAAAAGUGUAGGCAGAGUUGUUUCAAAAGAACGCUAUCCUUGCAGUUUCAGAGUAUUUAAACAACAAAUCAUCUUUUUUUGGCAUUUCUAAAAUGAGGUAAAGUCAAAAGACCAAACUGGUUGCUUGAUGUGGUCCUCAAGCUAUUCAAAAUUGCAAAAGCAAACAAUCAUUUUUUUUCGAGGUCCUACUAGGUUAGUGAUUUUGGUAGUACACAAUGCACAUUUAUUAGGGCUAGAAUUUGAGUUACUGGACCUUUUAUAAUCAUUUGAUCACACUUGGUUUCCACUUGUACAGAUUAACCCUUUGAGAGUGAAUCAGUUAAUUAUUUACCUGUAAAACAUUAGUUUCGCUUGAAUCUACUGUAUGAAAGUUAUGAAUGUGAAUGCUUUUUUGUUUGAUAUAAUUUACAUUAUAAUGAACUUGAGUAAUCUUACUCUUUGAAAGGAACAUCUAUCUCUUCCUUCAGGAAAAGAAUAAAGUGUCUUUAAGGAAUUUAUCAAUGGUCUUGCGGCAGAUCGGGAAAGGUAAUAAAUUAUCUUAAUUUCCAGAUGUAAAUUAUUUUGAAACCCAUACUGCAUAAUGACAAAGAUUUUAUUGAAUUUUUGUAGUUUGGUCCUGUAAUUUCUUGCAAAUAUGUGUGUAUGUGUUUAUUCAUUUUUCAGAUCAAAGUGAAAAAGUUGAGAAUAUUAAAGUAAGCGUUGAAAAAGCAAAGGAAGCUGUACAGUGUGAUGUUAAAGAUGGAAUGUCUUGGUGUAGGUCACUUUAAUUUUUUUCAUCUAUGUGUUGAUAUCAGAACGCUUUAUUAAUAACAUUAUCAACCUGUGAUAAAUCUAGCAAAACAUUUUUGCCCUCCUCCCCCCUUUUUUGUCCAAAGCAAGGCCCCCAAAAAACGGAAAAACCAUCCAUUCAUAUCCUGGGACUGCUGAGGAACUCAUUUCUAUUGGCAGAUGUUUUGACGAAACUAUCUUUGAAAUAAUUAUUUUGACAGCCUUUGGCAUACUAGGCCGGUAACAUUUUCAAUCUGCUUAUUAAGAAAAUAUUCUUUACCCCAUCAAUCUUGAUUGUAUUAAAGGGGCUGUCAUGGAUGUCUAGUUCAUUGUGUUUAUAGUGCCAGCUACGCAUCUUUUGUCAUUAUAAAACUUGACAAAUUAUCUGAGAAUAACAAAAUUACAGCUUUUUGUCAAAAAAUUCUCUUCCUAGCAUUAUAUCAAUCAAUUUACAAAUAACAAAAGUGAACUCUGAAAAUUGUUAGGUUAAUACAAGUUUUCAAAAUCCCAACUGCAGUCCAUUUCAAUCAUCUUCAAGUUUCAGGGAUGUCACUAAGAUUUCAAGUUGCUGGGUAAACACAAAAAGUAGACGGGGAAUAAAACAACCAGGGAUAUUUUUUGGUUCUAUUUUUCUUCUAUUUUCCUAUGAAGUUAAAGUAGCCGCAGCUGUAGCCGGGGAAAAUCACCGACCCCCACCUCUUAAUGACAGCCCUAAGUUUGUCCAUCCAUACUUCCUUUUGUAUUAAUGCUUUGUCUCUAUGUCUAACUUUUUGAGCUGUUAUUUCAAUGUUUCACUCAAUUUGGUGGCUGUUACCUCUGUUACCUCUACAGCUUCUUUAAGUCCAGUUGGACUCAUAAGUACAGCAUUACAAAAUGAAGUUCAUUUGACCUCUUCCAAUUUUUUAGGUUCUAAUACUUCCAAGUUUUAAAACAAUCUAUCAUAAACAUUUCACCUUUCCAUCUUAUUAUUACCUUUAUAGAUGUGCUUGGCAAUGCAUACUUGUCAUUCUUCUUUUGUGGAUCACAGUCCCCCCAACUCAUCAAACAGUGUAUGACGGCCUAUUCACAAGCUGUAAGUAUACCAUCAUUGAGAAGAAUUUAGAAUAACUGACAUAAAGUGCAGUUUUUGUGUAAUUGGGCUCACUGGCCAUGUUAUUAAGGGGUGCCUGGAGGAAGGUCCAAGGUGACUUCUGAUCAUGAUAUACUAUGAGAUUUUCCUUCUAACUUGCCUUGUACAUGCUUUUAUAAAAUAACUAAGAUAGUACGUGCGUCCUGAUUGGUUAAAAACCUAUGGUUUAUUGUGCCGGUAAACUCAUAGAAAACUGAAACAUACUUUAAAGUUAUUUUAUAAAAGCAUUAGACCACACUUUCUAUCGGUUUACCAGCGUGAUAACCCACUUGAGAUGUUGGGAGAACACUCAAAAUGCUUGUAAAUCACUCGCCUUCGGCUCAUGAUUUACAAGCUUUUCUCGUGUUCUCCCGACAUCCCGCAUGGGUUAUCGGUAAACCCAGAGAAAGUGUGGUCUAUUGCUUAAGUAAAUCAAAGGGAGAAUUUGACAUUAAAGAUCAAUCAAUGACAAUAAUAAUAAUUUAUUACAUGAUAAGUGAAGAAUGAUGGUAAUGUGGUAAUAUUUCAAUAAAAUUCAAUUACAGCUAUUACAUGUAUAAUGUACAAUGUAGUUUCUUUGAAUUGGAGUCUUUUGAUGUGUUUGGUUUCAUUUUCAUGAAAGUUCAAGGAUCCUGUGGCAAGAAAUAACCCAGAUCUUUACUUCAACAGAGCAAUGGUAAGAUUCCCCAUUUACUGGGGGAUGGUUAAAUUGGUUAAAUCAUUGAAUUAUUCAGAUAUUUACAUCUAAUAAUUAGAUUUAUGUCUAAUACUUAAAUUAAAUUUCCUGCUCAAUGUCCAGCAGGCAUGGGAAUAUGGUAGAAAAUAUUAGAUAAUUAUUUUUUUAUGAAUCUUUUGUACUGUAAUGUUGAUGAAUGAUGUACUCCUAAAUCAGUUUCACUAUGAAACUACAAUCAGUGCCAAAAUUAGUUGAGACACUUAACCUUAAAGGGCCUAUGAGGUUUUGCUGACUUGUGCAAAGAAAGUAGUGUCCGAUAGCUGGGGUCUAGUUGAUUUUGCUAUCAGGCUAGUGAAUUCUGUUCUUAACUAGCACGACGGGGAGGUGAAGUUUUUAGUGGAAUUCAAGAAAAAAGAACCGACUGCAAAAUCAAUCUGUUCAUCAAAACGUUUUUGGGGCUAGUUGAAAUUAUCUUUGGGCUAGUAAAUGCUAGCUUCAGCUUGCCCAAAUGGCAAGCUGUAAAAAUGACUUUCUUUGCACCAUGCAUCAACGGAGAUAAUGAAGCUUUUCUUCUCAUGUCCCCUCUGCGCAAUGUUGUGCCGUAGGACGUGCUACCUGCAAUAAACAGACCCCCUAACUUUGAAUAGAGGGGAGGGGAGAUGGGUGCCGAUUGUUUUGUUCUCAGAAUUACCACUAUUUGAGUAUGGUAUUGUGUGACCAUCCAUGCUGCCGGGGUUUAUGUCCUCCAUAAUUUUCUACCAGUUGGCCAUUGCAUUUUAAUUGAAUAUUAUCAUCAAACAUUUAUCUGGAAAAUUAUUUCAAAAGUAAUUUUCUUCACAUUUUAUACAGUUUGCAGUGUGGAGAAUAUGAAAGUAAUUAAAUGCAAGGUCCAUUUUGCAGACUGGAACAAGCAUAGAUACCCUUUGUUAUUAAUUUAUAGGCAUACAAGUUUCAGGAGGAAUACAAGUUAGCAGUUUGUGACUUCAAGCAAGCUGAAGCACUUGACCCAGCCUGGACUGAACCUAAUGAUGAAAAGAAUAAACUUCUUAACAUUCUCACAAAGACACUUGACUUAUUGGAGGGAAAGGUGAUAUGAUCUGAUCACUCAGUAGAACAAUGGAACUGUUUGUGUUUAUUGUAGAAAUUAUUUGGCAUGCCCGAUUUAAAUGUCCUCUGUUAAAACCUGAUCACUACCAUUCAUCAGCUAAUCGCCUGAGAAAAGAGCCAAAAUUUUGAGAAAUUUCGUGAUACUACCCAGAUCUCAAUAGUUUCUGUGUCAUCAAGAGUAUGGAAUUUCUGUGUGCAUUUCUCAGACUUCAUUUUGUUGAGGAACCAGCAGUGGUCAUGAAAUGUUGGCAGUUUUUUCAGGCUAUUCAUCAGCAAAUUAAUUUAAUUAUUUUGUUCUACAUUGUCUCUUAUGCUCAGUUGUUUAAAAUUAUGGGUCCUAAAAAACAGCCAGAACUAUGGAUCAACACGUUGUGAUCAGUCAAAUGACUAUGGCCAGUUUUAGAGAGUUCAUUGUAAAAACUUUGCACAUUAUUCCUCUCUCAGCUCUUUGAUAUGGGGAAUUAGUUGUUUCCCUUUGAUGUCCUUAAUUAGCCUGUAUUAUUGAAACCAUCUUAAGAUACUGUAAAUCUCAUGUACCAGUAUUGAGAUAGAAACAGUCAUCUAUCAGGAAUAAAAGUUAGGAUAAUUACAGUCAACUAUUUGGGAAUGUCUUUUUUUAAAUCAGGAAUGCCUUGCAUUUAUGAGUCAAAAUUCCACUUUAUUCCUGAAUAGUGAGUGGAAUGUGCUGAGUAUUUUCACUCAGGAGCCAAUAGGAGGUCAAUCAUCAUAAGUCUUGCCCUUUUUUAAAAAAAUGGUUGAGAGGUAUUCAUUUGCAUUAUUGUGUUUUGUUCUAAUUUAAGGGUAAAUUAAAAGCAAAGAGGCUCCAUUCCAUGGUGCAGUCCCUAAGCCCCUCUGAUUUAGGUCCAUAUGGUGGCGGUACCUACACCAGCCCAUCCAGUCAGACUGUUCAGCUUGAUCUUGUUCCUGUUUCCAAACUGGUUCCUGGUGUAAACCCUAACAAAGUGACAGUGGGAAAAGUUGUUGGUUUUGUGCCAAUGGAAGAUCCUGUACCAUAGUAAGAUUUUCAGAAUAGUUUAUAAUUUAUUGUGAACCCAGGAGUUUAUACUUUAUAAGUAAGUGGAAUAUGGUUGUCCAGUUGAGUGUAGUCCUGAAUAGGACUGUUGUUGUCAGUGACUGACAGUUAGACAACCUGUGUGAUAGUCAUCUUCAGAGUCAAAGUAAGUUGUAUCACGUCAGUUGAUGGUACAUUAUUGGUCGUCUGUCACUUAAGCAGUGAUGUUGUUGGCUGUAAAGACUAGAAAUAUGAUUGGUGCAUUUCAGUCUCUCUUUUGUUGCAAUUUGAUAGUUGGUUAUUGUUAGGUCAAUUUGUCGGUUGUCUUGUUGUUCCGUUGUUGUCAGUUUUGCUUGAAUUUUUCACUAGUGGUUUGUACGGUGCCGAUGACUGUUGAGUGCAAUUCUGUUAUUUGAGCCUUGGUCACAUGUUUUUGUCAUUAGAUAAUUUAAAAUUCAAGGAUUUGUGUCUGAUGUGAGUUAUGUGCCAUACCUCUCACAACACACCAGUUUAAAUAAAAUUAUGGCCCGUCUAAAGUAAUUUUCUAAUACGUAUACGUACAUCUAUUUGUACUCAAUAUGUAUAUAUCCAUUUUUUUCUUUUUUUUUUUUUUUCUCCAUCUUACAUUUUUUAAUCUAGUUUAAUUUUUAAUCUAAUCUAACUGUAAAACACUUCUUGUGACGUUGGCGUUCCUCAUUAAGAUUGCUUUACUAAAAUGUAGUUAAAUAAUCAUACAACAAAUAACAGUUGUCUGUCUGGCUAAAAUAGAUGUUAUGCAUUUCAGCGUCUUUGCCAUGGUGGACAGUGAGAAUCAUUGUGUACCAGUCACUAUUUAUAACAUGGCCUUAGGGAGUGGUUUUGCUGUUGGAGACUCUGUGGCAAUUCCUGAGCCCUUCUGUCAGGAGACUGAUUUCACUGAAAAUGAACAGGUAUUUGCCAGUUAAAUUUGUAUAAUAAAUUAUUGUAAUACUUCAAGUCUCUAUGAAGCUAGCUAAGAUCUGAUCUAGCAGUCUGUCUUCAUCGUAAAAUUAAUGUACAUACUGUAGGCUUUACACUUAGUUAAGAAUAUUUACAUGUAUUCAUUACAAGCUCUCUUAGCUUUUUUUUGUGGUGAGCGAGGUAUUUUCAUGUAAAUUUUCAUUCCAAAACAGAGGUUUCAAACAUUGACUUCUACUUUAAAUCUGCACAAACAUCUUAACUUUUAUGUACUGCAAUUAAACUUCAGGCAGCAACAACAAAUGGUUUGGUUUCGCUCUGCUCUCCAGGUGCAGUUGAUCAAGAGGGAUUUGCUUGCAGGCAGUACCACUUUAUAUAGUGGGCUGAUUUGUUAACACUGCACUUUCGUCAACUUAGUGAGUUAUGUUAUCUUUUCUCUUGCAGACAUUCAAGUUUAUGUCCAUCCGUGUUGACAAUCCAGUUGUUUUGGUUGUAAACAAGAAAAAACUUGGUCCGAACAGACUUGCUCCAUCAACUCUUUUGGUUACUACAAAGAGUGAGUGAAGUCCAGGUGUAGUUGUGGGUGGAGAGAUCAGACAGGCUCACUGAUUUGCUGGGUUUUUUUUUUUUAAGACUGUUGGAUAAGCUUAUCAAUUGGUGUGACAUAUAAAUGGGAAAGAUGUUUAUUUAUGGAAGGAAGGAUUUGGCACCAUUGGGUAGUUUGAAGCUUUCUGCACCUUCUGCACAAGUGGCCGUGAGUUUGAUUGCCAGGUGUAACCUCAAAACCUUGUUUUUGAUUUGUUCCUUUUCAUGGAGCCUUAAGUAGCUUUAAAUACCCUUAAAACAGAGCACUGAUGGAGAGAGGAUGGGGAGGGGAUGUGUACUCAGGCAGCCUCAGGUUUGUUAGUCAGGUGAUCACCAUUUCAGGCCUAUCCUGUGGUAGAAUAAGGGCCCUUUACCUUUUACCUAUACCUUCAUGGAAGUUCAAAGUAUCAUGAUUAUAAUAUUAUUGCUGGUGUGUGGGAGUGACUACGACUCAGUGACUGCUGAUCAAGGAAAAGACAUUGAUCCCUGUGGUGUCUGCUCAUGGAAGAGUUCUCUGCUUCUUGAUACUGUCACACAGCAAAAUAGCAUUUGUGUGGAGUUGACCUUUGAAAAGAAGUAAUGUCUUCAACUGGCAGGUUUAAAUCUAGUGUGUUUUUGUGGCUGGGACCAUGAGCAUGGAUAUCUGAUGACAGGUUAAAAAUGUGGCGUUAUUGUGUACCUCUGGUAUCAUUUUUUGGAUAUCUGCUAUCUGGAAGAGGUUACAAAAGUAGAGUGUUUGAGAGUGGCUGGAUCAAUGACUGUGUGUUUGCCUUGAAAUACUCUCUGCUUCUGAAGAUUCACUGGGUGUCUGCUGUACUUAAUAAGGGAGAUGUCUGGUUAUGGGAGGUUAUGCACUGUUUGAAUAUGGCAGGGAUCAUGACUGUCUGUUAAUGAGUGGUUAGAAUUGGAGCAUUUGUGUGUGUGGCUAGGACUGUAACUAAUUGUCUGCCUAGAACAGCUUUCGACUUAUAGAGGCAGCAUUUCCUGACCUUCCAAGGACAUAAGCCAGGAUAUUAUUCCAUACUGAUGAAAUGACAGAUUCACAUGAAUUUUUACCAUAGGUUUUUGAAACAAAUGUACGAGUUACAUGUAUUUGUCUGAUUUCCUGGCCUCUCAUUGCCAGGAGGGUAAGGGAGUGGUCAGUGAUAGGCAAACCCUCAGGGGCAUUCAAGGAUGAAAGCCACUGGUAAAUGAAUAACUGCUAGCAAACAGGAGGUAAAAAUAAAUAACCUUAGAAUUUGAUAAAACUAAGUUCUGGACAUGACAUUUAAAGUCAAGUCAGCACAAGUUAAGAAAGGUUAUUUAUGGCUGGGUAUUAAACGGGAGGGUCCAAAGGCAUUAUGUAUAUUUGUAGGUGUGAUCAAUCUGACUGACAGUCGCUUAAAUUGUUUUAUACAAGGUGAGAGAAUCGCUAGCGACUUACGAAGAAAGAAGUGUCUUAUAAAUUUAUUCAUGAAGGUGCUGCCGCGGUACUUCCAUCACCGGCUAUUUUUGCUUUGUGACAUUGAGUUAAUACAUGUGUAGUGCGCGUGUAAAAACUUGUAGCCACUGUACUUCACAUUUGUCGCGCAGAACGAAAUUCCAUAUCCCUUUUUUCGUUUAAUUUUUCGUGUAAUUAGUUCAAUGAAACGAAUUAUCAGGAAAGAAAAUAAUCUUAAGAAGAGAAUGUCGAACCUUUACUGUGAGAAAAGCAUUUCAAUUGUCUUUUUUUCUCUCACGGAUAUCGAGACUCUUCCGAUCGCCCCAUAGCACAGUGUUCGGUUUGGAAAAAGAUACACAUUACAUGGCAAUUUAUAUUUAUCAUACUUUCCACGUUUUCGCUCGGAACAUUGUUUUCAUUGUCUGAUAAAUUGAUAUUCUUCUUGGACACAUUAGCAUCUGGAACAUCUGGAACCGAACUGUAGCGCUGCCGUGGAAACACUUUUUAAACUUUGUAUUGAAAAACCUUGAAAAUGUUGAUGUAUCCUUACGAAAUUAAAUCUGGUACUUUUUUUACUCGUUGGUGUUGUUCAAUAAGUAUUGCAUCGAUUGUCUUCAUUCACAGCGUUAUACACAUGUUCCUCGCUUUCUGAGAAUUUUCAUGUGUUGUACGUGCUCGCGUGAUGUAUGCUUAAAAUAACAUAUGACAGACUUAAAAGUGAAAAUUACCGCCGAGGGAAAAAUCCCGGGAAAUUCCCGGCUGAAGCGAUUUCGUGGAGGGGAUUCCCGGAAUUCGAUCUCCGAUAACUGAUUGGCUGAGAAAACGAGGGGGCGCUUUACACCUUUCACGUGAUAUGCUGUGACGUGUAUCCGGUCAAGAGGAGCGAAUCAGAAACGACGAAUAAGCGCGGGUUUCCUAGAAAUGAGGGGUUUUCACCGAAAAAAACAAUUACAAAGACCUAUCAGAGUUUGUUUAUGAGAUCCGUAAUAAAUUCUGCGAAUGGGACUGUCUGGGCGGAUAAGACUAGAGGAAAGCAACAGUGCGAAGUAUUUUGUAGCGGUCAUCUUCAGCGAUUAAAGGUAAGGUUUGGCCAUUCUUUGCUCGAACAAUUCAACUAGCUUUACGCUGCUUUUUCCCAGAAUCAAUUUAGCGUGAUAUUUCCUUGCACAAGCUUGCGAAUGUUUCUUUUUUUUUAACGUUGAAUGAAAUUCGGGUUCAAUCGAGCGUGUAUGACUUUUGACGAUGUUCUUGUAAAUUUGCUCACAGCGGCGUGAUUUUAACAGAAGUUUGAUUUCAGCUGUAGUGUUGUAAAUUACACGUGCAAAGUACAACUUUGUGUUGUUCCAAACUCGUGUGUUAAAUUAAGCGCCCCACGUUAGACGGCGAGCAACUUCGAACUAAAACCUCGCUUGAAUGAUCGUGUGGUUUCUUGCAGGUUUGCAGACAUGUCCGACGGCUGUUUAUUUGACAUGCCAUUUACCCCGACGAGUCAAGUGGUAAGUGAAAUCAGUUAAUGUAAUUUACAACUUGUGUAAAGGUGUUUCUCGCGUGCCCGUGGUUCGUGGUAGAUUCAUUUCAGACAUUUUGAUACUUGGGAGCGAAGUUUGUUUACACUUGACAUGCAUUGUAAAUGCUUACGAUUUUUAUCACACACCAAAUAUUCAAUAAUCGCUAUGAAACUAUUCUGUCCCUCGAGUAUUCUAUUCUGUUCAGUUUGUUGCAAAUUUUCUUUUAACUGUUUAGGUUUUGCUGCCGUUCGAAACGACUGCUUUAUUUUAUAGCUGCUGUCGUGGUAAUACUAUACUCACAUAAAUGGCCUACACCGUAUCCACCCACACUGCAACGGAUAUCGCUGAUUAUUUAGGACAGUUAUUUUAUUAGAUCUGCUUUUUUACUUGUAUUGAUAGUAAACUGUCUGUAGUUUUCCUGGUUCUUGAUGAUCAAAACAAUAAAAGCCUUAUCAAGAUCUUACCGAGGAAUUCAACAUUGCUUUACAAAAUUUAAUUUUAGAUUCUUAGAAGGAUUAUUAAUUACCUUCCAAAUAACCUUUCCAAACAUUAUUUUAGAAGUUCUGAUCAGGCAUAUAUAACCUUUGCGUUCAGGUUAAGUCCUUGAUCUUAAAUUUUAUCAAAGGACUUUGCUUUAAAAUUCAAUGGAUUUGACAUGCAGAAGCACGUACAUGCUGCCGUGGUAAUAUUGCUAGUAGCAUUUAGUCUUGGAUAGUGCUGAAAACAAAAAGCCUUGUUUUCUUUGCCGAGCUUGACGUCACAAAACAAGCCCGACUGUUCUAAGAUGGGGUCACGUAUGCCGUAUUAGUCAUUCAUUUCAGUGACAAUAUCUGUUCUGAAGCAAACAAACGGUUGCUCAAAAUGAAAGAAAAAGGCAUGAAAUGAUUGUGCUUUAUGGAAAUGAUAAAUAAGUCCUUUUUUUGUAUAUGUUAUUAUCAAGAAAGAGGAGCUGUCACAUGGGUCCACUGGAUUAACAUAACUGAGUGAAUAAAGCUUCACCUACUUAAAUUCAAAAUUCUAUUGUCCUGCAAACUUAAAGAAAUUAAACUAUCAAGCAGGACUAUCCAGCAACACCACAAACAAACUAAAAUUUACACGUUUGCAAAGAAAGGUGUUUUGUGCCAUAGACGAACAAUACUAUUAACACUCAAAACAAAAUUACCAUAUUUCCUUGAAACUGAUCGCUCUGAACUUAUGUGGAAUUUUAUCCCUUUGCAUAAUUUUGAUAUCAAUUUGCUGAAUUGAUUCUUGGAAAACAUUUUUUGUCUUCUAUCGGUAAAAUAGGGAAAAAAUGUGUUAAUUUUUUUCCAUAUGGUUCCACAGAACUGAUGGAAUGGUUCAAAAGACAGCUCUCAUCUGAGUCACUACAAUAAUCAUCACUUCAGUUCUUUAUUCUCUCGCUUACAAAGUUCAUCAGACCUUUUCAUGUUGUUGGCUAAGGUCAUAAAAAUUAAGAAACAAUAAACAAAUUUGACAAAAUACAUCUAAAGUCUCAGUAUUAAUGUCAUAAGAAAUGUAUAGUGCAAAAUAGAGUAUAGGAUAUGUAUGUUUAAGAUAGCGCUGAUCUAAGGUUAUUAAAAAGUCAACAAAGUGUUAUCAACAGUUGAAGUCCAAAAUGACAAACGUUUUGUUAUGAUCUUCAUACUAGUAAAUGACUGAUGGACAAAUAGGUGCUGCAAUAAUAGCGAAGCUAGGUAUUAUUUUAAUCGCUCUUUUUCUUGGAAAUUUUCAAUUGUUCUCAAAAUAUGCAAUGAUCAGUCAUUCAAGCAUAAACACCGUUCUACUGUAAGAAAAACAUGCCCAUAUUUGGUAUCAAACUUACCCAAACUGUAUUACCGGUAGAAUGAUAUUUGAGGUAGCCCACUCUGCAAACGUUUUGUUAUGAUUUGAACAAACUUGCAAUGUUUGUCAACAAAAUUAAAUUUUUUUCUGCCCUGACAGGAAACAAAUUAUUUGUUUCCUGUCAGAAAUGUUGUUCACUUAUAAUAAAGAGAGCAACUUCAACAUCAGAAUGAAAAACGUUACAAUCUUGCAAGCUAAAAAAUAGUGGCAUAUGUUAUGUUAUUCCUAGGGGUAUAACUAUUGAAUGAACCCCCAGUAUAUGUUAUGUUAUUGCUAGGGGUGUAACUAUUGAAUGAACCCCCAGUACAAUAUUUUCAUGGUUAGGUUAAUCUUUUUACCAACUGUCCAUCCCGAUUUCAUCGGGAUUCUCCCAAGUUUGCUUGAAAAUCCUGAAUCCCGACCAAUAUGUGAUCAGGGUAGGAAAAAAAUCCCUAUUUUGACAUUUCCAAAUGAACUCUUACGAUACUUAUACAAGAACACAUAACAGAUUAUACUUAACAGAAACUGAUGUCCAGAAAACUUUAAAAAUUGCACAAAAUAAUAUAAAAUAAAAUCAAGUACUUGUACUCGAAACCAGGCAAAUAAAAAUAAGCAUAAAAUGACAAUUGAUUUGGUGAACAUUUUAGACAAAAAUUGUCCUCUCAGAACACCAGAAAUGGCAUUUCAGAGGAUCAAGAGUUCAAAAUUUUCUGGGGAGAAUGCCCCCAGACCCUCCUAGCGGCUCGUCCCUUCAGCGCUGGCCUUGUCAAAAAAAUAUCCUGAUUUUACUCACUCAAAAGGUUGAUCAGUAUGCAUUUAGUGCUUAUAGACCAAUUUUUUUUUUUGUGGGGGAGGGGGGGUGGGGGCCUAACCUCUAAAUCUGUGGACGGAUUCAUAUAUUGUGACUGUUUAAAUAAAUUUAGAAAUUACUUUGGAAUAACUUUUGCAUACUACUAAGUAUUUCUAAAGAUUUUACACAAAGAAUUGUGAAUUUCUUUCCUUAUUAUUUUAACCUCUUAAACAGUAUUCAACUUAUGUUACCAGGGUUAGAACCCCAGCAAAAAGCUAAUCUCAGGUUGAAUACUGGUUAAACAUAAGAACAGAUGUUACUAUAACAAAGCCACCAUCAUUAAAUUUGCCAAAAGGAAAUUAAAAAAGUGGUGUAUUCAUAACAUUAGCAGUACUUGGACUGUUUAGUAAUACUUCUGUAUAGUACCAUUAUUAUGAUGUGUUUUGCAUAUGAAAUUUUAAAUUAUUGUACUUUGGAAAGGGCAGGAUUAAUGUUGUGAUUUCAAUAUUUUCUUUCAUUUCUGCAGCCUCCCAAUCAAUUGUCUUUACCGAUGUUGAAAUCAUGGCUGUCAUCCUACAGUUAUCCCUCUACCACUGCUGGUCCCCUUGUAGCAACCACAAUCACAAUAGAAGCCAUUCAAGAUCUCUUGCAUGCAAAUGGAUAUCCCAUUGAAGGUAUUUGGCUCAUUUAUUUUUUUUAGAAAGUGUAUAUUAUAAAACAUAUAUGGAUUGUUAUUAGGGACAUAGUAAUUUUUUAAGUCCCUUCAGUGAUCAAUGCCUAACUCUUCCUUGUGAUGAAUAAUUUUUGAUCAGUUGGAGAGGACAUGGUUAUGAAACUCUAUAAUUUGUUUGAUGCUGUAUAGGUGAAACCUUUUCAGUAGCUAUGUAGUACUUUGAUAAUUUGAAAUAUUAUAUAGUAUAUUUCAAAUCAUUAAAAAAUAUGUGUUAAAAAUUUAUUGUAAUAUUAUUAAGUUCUCUUAUCUUUGACAUUCAUUGCAUUAAGGGGACACCUGGCUUUAAUAGGAACAGCUUGAAAAAGUGUCCCUAAGGUGCUGGCUGUGCAUGCUUAUCACAGGAAACACUUUUGUAAGCAGAGAGUUAAGACUUAGGAUUUUGUCAAUGCAGCCUUAAGUAGUCAAGUUGUCCACUUGCGAAAGUACUGUGUCCGUUAAGAGGGCUUAAUGCAACUGUGUUAUUAAUAUCAUUAUAUUAAAUAUUAAUUUUUAUUACAGCUGUUUAUUAGAAGAAUGUUCUGUGUUACUGUAGCUUUACCAUCCAUUACAAUCUUUUUUUUGAAUUUUAUCUCAACAGCUCCAUGCAAUGUAGAUAUAUUUUCUGGGCCAUUUGAUGACACACAGUUUGAUGCAGUUGUGGAUGUUGAAACUUGUGAUGAUGGAAUAGAUGCUGGUACCUAAUUAUUUUGUUUCUGUAGACAAUCAUCAAAACCCUUAUAAUUUUAUUUAAACUCAGUAAACUCAUUGCAAAGUCAGUUUAGAGAGAUUGACCCUCUAUGUUAAACUAGCAUUUUUGUCUCUGUCAACACUUGUUUAAUAAUGUGUAUUCUUUUUUAAAGACCUUAAAUUCACAGACCUGGAUGCCUGUUCUGAAUAUGGUUACUGUGGGUCUGACCUCUCAGAAGAUGACCUCAGUUUAUUGCAAGGUAAAAUUUAAUAAAUUUUUAUCGCAGUCAUAACUACUAGGUACCAUUAUGACUUUAUUGGACAUUGGUGUAAAGAAAGCAUGUUGUUGAUUAUGAAAUAAUGUUGUCUUCCACAGAUCUGCCACUGAGUCCAGACUCUCCAUUGCUUUCUGACUCUGCUGAUAUUGACUUUGGAUGUGACUCGGGAAUUGAGGCUGAAAUGGAUGAACCUCAUGGUAAGAUGCAUCUAUUCUUCCUUCUUUAUUUCAUUCAUGCCGACAUUGACUUAAUUUCCAUUAUCAUCUUCCGAUGCCUGGAUACAUUCCCUAGAAAGCUGGCAUAUGGCUGCAUCUUCUGCCUUUUGCCUGCACUUUAAGGCAAACUGCACACUAAUCUGAGUGAUUACAAGACACAACAUGGAUGGAUUUCCAUGUCUAAUGCUUCCUCUUUGAAGAUUCUGUUUUAAGCCAAGUUGUAUAAUGAUUAAAAAAAAAACUGAACAUUAUCCAUUCUGACUUAUAACUUACACUACUACACCAGAAAACAUUUUUGAUUCUCUUCUUAUAAAGUUGAAGAUUCUAAUCCUGCAAAUGAGUGUGUUUUUCUUCAAAAACCUGUUUUAUUUCAAGUAACUAUUGUAAAUGUAUUAUUCUUUUUCCUUAUAGUCUGUUAAUUGGUUAUUUUUAUUUUAAUCUAAGAUGGUGCAGAUAAUGAGAAAGAGAAGAAAGAGAAGAACAAGGCCACUGAUGAUGACAAGAAAUCUUCUGAAAAGUCAGCCAAGGAGGGUACCACAAACAGCCAGCAACAAAAUGGUUCAAAACCACAAACAGGUAGUUGUUGUAAGAUUAUUUUUUUACUGUUAAUAUUAAAUGGUGGAUGGUUGACUCAGAAUUACUGUCAUAAUAUAUAAUGUGAUCUGCUCAUUAUAUAUAAGGGACGGAUUUUUAUCAAUUUGAAAUGGGUUGCAUUAUUUUUCUGGAACAUUAAUCAAAAAUUAAACAAAUCAUAUCGUUCUUUUUUUGUUACGAGGCAACCAUUGGAAUAUGUGCACACGAAACAUUAUGACAAUAAACAUGAUAAACAUGAGAAAUUUAAUUGAAUGUGGGUAUCCCGAACACAAUGAAUGCAAAACCCGGAUCAGUUUAUUGACCGUCUUGUUUAUAGAGUUUUGAAAAAACAAUUUUGAACCUUCUUUGUUAGAAAACAAAGAACCUCACGACAAGACAAGAAGAACAAAAGAAGAUGAUGAUGAAGUUGAUGAUGACGUUGAUGAUGAUGGUGAAGAUGACAAAGAUGAUGAGGACAAUGAUGAUGGUGAGAAUAUUUUACCGAUGAUACAUGUAACUUAUUCCUAGAUCAUCCAGUAUCACGUGAGUACUUGUGCAGGAUUCUCUUUUUAUUUACCUGGGUUCUUCCAAUAACAUUAUCUUUAAAAGCAAAUGUAGCACAAAAUGCUCACCUUUAGUCCAUGAUGUAAAGUUAUAAAUCAGAAUCAUCAAUCCUCUACAAAGAAAUGCAAAGACAGCAUUUCCUAGCUAAGCCAUCAACUAAAGUACUACAUAUUAUUUUUUGCUACAACGAUGCAGAAAACUUUACAAUGCUCUUUUGGAGUUUUCUUUGCUGUUCCUGUGCACUUAAGUUGCAACGUUUGGAUUAACAAUAAGUGCCAUCCUAUACAUUAAGUUCGCUGCGCUUUCUUAAACGUCAGUGAUACAAAUAUUAAAAACUAACAGACUCAGUCUUGAUAAAAAUCCAGGCUAUGUGGCCUGUAAUAAGUGUUAACACUUAAAAUGUUUUUCAAGUGGUAUUUGCUGUUCAUGUAAUCAUAUUGUUGAUUAAUAAAUAUAUAUUUUUCCUUUAGAUCUUCCUCCUGUCAAGUGUCAGUACUUAUGGGAGUUUCUUCACCACAUUUUGCUGCAAAAACAGAACAAGUACCUAGUGUGGAAAAAUCAGGCCAAAGGAGUGUUUCGCCUCAUUGACCACAAUGGUUUGGCACGCCUAUGGGGAAAGCAGAAAAACAGAAAAAACAUGACAUACGAGAAAUUAAGCCGCGCACUCAGAUACUACUACAGCAAGAACAUCCUCCGUAAAGUUCCCGGCCAGAGACUGACAUACAAGUUUGUUCACAAUCUUAAUGGAAAGAAGUAUCCAUUGUAAGCACAGGACCUAACACUUAAUUUUGAAUCAGUUGUAUUAGAGUCAGAUGUGACAAAAAGACAGUGAAGACUUUCCUUUGAGGUUGACAGAAUUGUUGGUGUUGGAGAUUUAAAGGACAAUGAUUCACAGCAUCUGGCUCUUAACAAGGACUGCACCCUGUUGGACAAUGAAAUACGUGUUUGUUUCCGCAAUUGCGUAGAUAGCUGUGUGUGAAGGCUGCCCUGGGCCCCACCCUCCAAGGGAGUGAUAUUGGGAUGCUCUCUAUGUCACUUUGAGGACAAGAGACAUGGGGCUCAUUAUACUGCUCGUCACCUAUGGCACAACAUCCAGCUUCGUUCUGAUGGACCAGCAUCCCAUCAAGGGUGGAGAAAUAAGACUCCUAGUAGGUUCAUAGAGUCCUGUGAUGGACUAGUGUCUUACAUUACCAGCGGGAGUGUUUCCUCUCAUACCCCCUAGUGGUAAUUAACUUUUAAGUUAUAACUUAGUUAUGGAGUAACAUCCCAUUCAAAAAGAGCAGUAAAAAUCCUCUAGACAUGUUUCCAUAUACCAGGUCACCCCAUGGUGGACUAAGGAAUUCUGUUGGUCGCUUCAUAGUAAACAAACCUGGUUACCCUGUGAUCAGCUACAUCCAUGAUGGACCUAACAUCCCAUCUAGAGAAAAAGUGAAGAGCUAUACAUUUAAGAGCCUGCAGUAUGCCUGGGUUACUUAGUGUCCAGUGCCAAAACUGACCUAUAAACAUUAUUUUGUAUUUCAAAGUAUCAAUUUCCAGGAGAUUGCAGAUAAGUAACAUCUAAUGUUGCAUCUUGCAUUUGCUGAGAAUUUUGUCAAGCAGGUGAAAUAUGAUCAUUGAAAUAAUAUUGUCAUUGGCUGCCAACAUCAGUCCAAUUCAGGACUACAGACAAUCUUGAUGGAAAAUCACAUUUCACGUAUUAGUCAUGACUCCUGGGUCUGAACCCUUUACAAAUAUGUUAAUCAUAUGCAUGACUGUAAGUUUACCAGGCAUUGAGGCACUAAUCUAUCUGAACUGAACUGGGUCUUGAUCAACUGGUUUGUUUUAAUAAUUAUAAUAACAUUUUUACUGCGUAAAGUGAAAAAGAAAUCAAUUUGCAAAAUGAAAGGUCAUUCCAGUGUAAAUACAUCUCUAUUAUUUUUCGGUGGAAAAUAUAUUUCUACCUUUAGUUACCUGUAUGCCCCUUAAAUAUCCUGACUAUGCGUUUGUAAAUAACUAAGAGUAAUAAGGAAAGACGUGCCAUUAAAUGGUUAUUAUACAUACACUGUAAAGUUUGUUUACAUUCAUUUGGUUAAUAAAGGAUAAAAUUAAUAAUUGACCCUAGCUUGGUUGAUUAAAGAACCGUAAUAUAGUUAACUAGUCUAAAACUACUAUGCAGUAAAACUACAAAGCUGUAAUCAGCCCCUGCUGCCAGUGGUGAGCCUCUUAUCAGGUCCUUUCUGAAACCUCCAGGUUUGCAUUGGAAAAUUCUUUUAUGGGCUCCCACAAAAAAAGUUACAGGUAUGAGGAGCACUAGAGGAUAUUCUGAAUUCCACUGGGCCAUAAGGCCAGCAGAUUGGAAUAAUAAUUUGUGCCCCUGCCUUCCCCCAGGGGGCUUGUCCUCUAGGACCCCGUCUCUUAUACAAGACUAAACCUAAGGAAAAAGCCCUGGGAUUUACUAUCCCAGACUAACUAUGGAACAGAAAACCCAGUUCAUGAUCAUUUGUAAUAGGCUCCUGAUUUCCCAUAAAUGAUACCCUAUUUAAUUUAUAGUUUUAUGAGCUCUUGGUUAGCAGAUUUCAGAGUGCUACAGUGUUUUUAACUUGGGGUAGGGGGAGGUAGUGUACUCCCAACCUCAUUCCCAGGGCUUUUUCCUUAUAAAAUGUGAGGGGUGGGAAAAGCCCUGGGGAUGAGGUUGGGGUACUCCAGAGUUGGCCCCCCAUCUUAAGGUUCCAAUGGGAGCCGAUUGGUCAACAGGCCAUUUCAGAGUUCCCCCGGGCCUCUGUAUCAAAACGAGCUUACUGCGCUUUUCACAAAGAUACGAAUUCUGAAGUUCAAAAGCCAACUGACGAUUGCGUUUUUCGCUGCCGUCAAUCAUCUUAACGGAGCUCUUAGGAAACAAAACUUUACUUUAACAGGUUCAAAAGGUCAAAGUUUGUGAUUUGUGAUUGGUGGAUUUCGAUUCGUUUUGUGUGUUUCUGUGUUUCAAGGUUCGUUGCUUGUGAUCGUAAUUAUGAUUGACGGCAGCGAAAAACGCAAUUGUGAAGGCUGCUUUUGAACGUAAGAGUUAACAUGUUUGUGAAAAGCGCAGUAAGUGCUCAGCCUUUGACAUGGAAAUGAUCUUUAUUCUUAUGCGAAUAAAACUCAUUUUCACAAGAAAGAUUGUGCACUUGGCCUCAUUUUAAAAGUGAGAGUUUUUGGAACUUGGAAGCGGCCUAUUGCUUACAUGACGUCUGGUCUUCUUGUGGUUAGUCUGGUUAGAUUGCAGGUUCACGGUUAAUCGGUAAUCCGUGCAUCCUAUACGCUAGUCUAUUGGUGGAUUUCGAUCCGUUUUGUGUGUUUCUGUGUUUCAAGGUUCGUUGCUUGUGAUCGUAAUUAUGAUUGACGGCAGCGAAAAACGCAAUUGUGAAGGCUGCUUUUGAACUUAAGAGUUAACAUGUUUGUGAAAAGCGCAGUAAGUGCUCAGCCUUUGACAUGGAAAUGAUCUGUAUUCUUAUGCGAAUAAAACUCAUUUUCACAAGAAAGAUUGUGCACUUGGCCUCAUUUUGAAAGUGAGAGUUUUUGGAACUUGGAAGCGGCCUAUUGCUUACAUGACGUCUGGUCUUCUUGUGGUUAGUCUGGUUAGAUUGCAGGUUCACGGUUAAUCGGUAAUCCGUGCAUCCUAUACGCUAGUCUACAGAAACUUGUUCUUACACUGUAAAUGGUUUAAAAAAUACAUGUAUAAUGCUUAACUGAAUUGGGCUUCUUAUGGUAAGCACACUUUUCCAAAGGAUAGGCCACUUGCACUAAGAGGUCACGUGACCAAUGCUUCCUUUAAACAAUGAGUGGGAAUCUUGCUUAUGCCAAAAAUUGACAGAGCACAUAAAAAUUAUCUUAGACCCGAAAUUUGAGAGGAAACUCAUUUAAGGCAGAUAUUUUAUGGCACUUCGAUUUUUCAACAGGGUAGUAUGAUUCUCGCGAAGCGAGUUUAUAAUCUCGUCGCGCGCGAAGCUCGCGCGCAUCACAUGAGCCGCGCGUGGUCUUAGCCAGAUGCAAAAUUGGAUGCCCCAUCUUUCUUUCUUUGAAUAUAUAUCUUAAGGCUGGUUUUCACUUGCGACGGAGUCGGAGUCGGAGUCGUAAUCAGAAGCGUAAAGCUUAUGAUCUAGUGAAAACAGCUUUCCGAUUCCGUUCACGACUCCGUCGCUUACGUUCCGCUUAUGAUCUUGUGAAAACCAGAUUGUCGUGGUCAGAAGCGGAAGCGGAAGAACUAAGCCAAUCACAAAGUGUGACAACGUGUAUUGUGAUUGGUUUAUCCUUCCGCUUCUUCUUCCGACUCCGACAAUCUAGNAUGUAGUGAUGUGUAGUGAUGGGUAGUGAUAUGUAGUGAUGUAUAGUGAUGGGUAGUGAUGCAUAGUUAUGGAUAGUGAUGGAUAGUGAUGUGUAGUGAUGGAUAGUGAUGUGUAGUGAUGGAUAGUGAUGUGUAGUGAUGGAUAGUGAUGUGUAGUGCUAGGUAGUGAUGGGUAGUGAUAUGUAGUGAUGUGUAGUGAUGGGUAGUGAUACAUAGUUAUGUUGAGUGAUAGGUAGUGAUGUGUAGUGAUGGGUAGUGAUGCAUAGUUAUGUUGAGUGACACAUAGUUACAUGUUACAUGAAGGUAUUUUAGUUGGAUUUUUUAUAUUCGUGUAGGAGAACACGGAUUUAUUACCAUUUUGACACUUGGGACGAAUAUUUGUACUGGUACUACGUUGUUUAACCGGUUUCACAAAAAUAUAUAACUCCAAGUACUUGUCUAUUUGUAAAACUGUAUUGUUCCGGUUCAUUUUUUGUUCAUUAUUCAGUAAUGCAAAACAACGUAAGCAAAGAGGACUUCAUUUGACAAGCUCAACUGGUGAAAUGUUCUUUUUCGCUCUCGGUGUUUUCACCGCAUCUUGGGCCAGAAAAAAAGAUGAGGACGACAUCCCAAACAACCAAAAUCUGUGGAUUUUUGGCUAUGGGUCAUUAAUAUGGAAGGCGAACUUUCCUUUUGUGCGGAAAGUGGUUGGAUUUAUAGAAGGAUACGAACGUCGGUUUUACCAAGGGAGUAGCGACCAUCGAGGGAUUCCCGAAAAGGUGAGCUUUAGCUUAUCAAAGACAAAUUAAGCCAUGAUUAAGCUUAUCUGGAACUGUGUCCAGAAAUUAUUGCAAGGAGAACUCCAACUUAUACGUACGUUUCUCGAACUAGAACCUCACGAAACUUUAAGAAAGGGCCUACGGCGGGAAAUAACAUAAAAAGAGCCAAGAAAAUAAAAAGAAGGGGGAUCGCAUUUCUACAGUUUCUUAAUAUUUUCAAAGCCGGUAAAAAGAGUCCCGAACAAAUGCAUGACAAUAUAUCUUACCUUCUCGAUCAAGCAUUUUCAAUAAUUGAUUCACGAUUCGGUUUCACGAAAGUAUAACUCCAAGACAUCUGUAAACUGUGAGAAAAGUUCUCAUUAAACAUGAUUAAAGCGCCAAGGAUGAACUCAAGCUUACUGUUUUGUGCAUUGGAGUAGGGUACUCCUGCGAAUUCUUGGUGGGGGUAUGCAGGCCGGUUAUCCAAAUUCUGUCCCUAUUUGAGACCAAAAAUGUCAUUUUUCUACAACCAUUUUCAGACCUGACCUCUAAGAAAUUAUUUUAUUAUUACUUUCUUUCCUAUUCAUUUGGAACUGAAACAACAAAUACAUUCAUACAUUACCAGGGCUGUCAAAAAGUUUCUAAGUAGGAGGCUGAUAAUGAAUAGUAGGCGGCUUUGGAACUCGCACCAAAGGAACAAGUUCGUGAGGGCCAAGGCAGCUAGGGACAUUUUGACAUAUAGAGUCACAGAAAUAGCAUUUCCAGGGGUUUUCAAGAGGCAUUUUCCACCGCAGACACCAUGUUGUUUCGUCAGAAUACACACAGGACUAGGAACAAUGCCAUCCGGCGGAAAUGUCUCAGGCGUUCUAAGACAUCGCACAGUUUACAUGUUUCACAGAUCUAAACUUUGAAUGUGCAUUCAGUGGCAUUCAGCAUUCAAAAGUGGGAAACGGUAUUUUAUUUGAUGGUGGAGAUGAAAGUAAUCUGCUAAGGAUGGCUAACUAGCCGGCAGUUUUGGCUGGUUACCAGCCCUUAUUGACAACCCUGCACUACCCUAGUUCCCUCCAAAACAAUUCCCGAUUCUAGACCAAAAUCGGCAAACUCUAUACCCAUUUUCAGACCAUAACGGCGCAAAAAGCAUAGUCCCUUUGGGGCGGCACCUAUAUGGCUUAUAUUGUUAUCCCUCAAGCCCGAAUGGGCUAUUGACUCAGGGGCCAUGAGGGCGAGAGAAAUAAUUGUUUUAGUAAAAUCCAACUAGCUGGUCAAAAAUAUCGAGACAAAACAACUUUAGCUGGUUAAAGCUAGACUUUAAUCCUUUUUUUACCCCCAAAAAGCCAGCACUUUCACUACUAGUGGGCUAUAACAUAUAGCCUAGUAGUAGGUCAACCAAUCAGAACGUAGCAUUGAUAAUAGACCACUAGCUGGAUUUUACUAAAAGGGAGUAUCCACCAUCUGGGAUUCCAUCCCAUAAUGGUCAUCCCUCACCAUUUAAGAUUGGCAACAUUUAUGGCAAAAUUUUGAACUUCCCUUUUCUUGGCUUGAAUUGUGAAUAAACAAUUAAUAAAAUUCCUGAAAAUAAUUGUUUUGUCAACAUGGUUAUAAUUAUGGGGUUCCCUGCUAGCAGAGGUUUCUCACGAAGACGCAAAAAACUGCUAGCCGGGAAGAUUUUGGGCCAAUAAUAAUUUUAAAAAAUAAUGCAUGCAGUGACCUUUGUUUUGCCUUCUUUUUUGAAAGCCAUUCAUUUUGUAUCUGUGGAAAAAAGUCUGCAGAAAUCUGGUGAAAUGAAUGAAAUCACACAAUGAUCCUUAUAUUUAACUCAACUGACAGACCCAAUAUUUUUCUCACUUCUCAUCCCUGUACCAGUUCCUUUUUUUCAUUUAACGUUUAUCCAUUUGCCAUUUUCUUUUUCAGCCUGGAAGGGUAGUUACCCUCCUUGAAAAUCCCAAGGUGAGUUUCUCUGUUCAAAUAAGUAAAAUGCAUCAGCUGAAAUUAAGUGGAAGUCAUUUGAGUGGAAAAACAAACAAACAAACAAAAUAUAAGGACAUAGAAAAAAUCAAGGGAGGGGACUAAACUAAGUUUUCAAGAUUUAGUGUUGUUUUGUCAGGACUAUGAUGUAGUCACAAAGUUUCAGGUGGUAUUAGUUUUUAGGAUUUAGAUAAUGAAAUUCGAAUUUUUUGUGAAUUUUUUCUUUGGUAACCUCUAGAAGUGAAAGGAUCAAGUUCUUUCUUAUUUUCUCACAAAAAUCCAAGGCAUACAUCUGUUUCCAAAAAAAAAACAUCUCUGUGGUAAUUGCGCUUUCAUUUCACCUAUACAGACACUUGGCUUUCCUCUGGUAAAUUAGUAGAUUUUCCUUUGGCAAGCGUUUUUUAGGCCAUAAAGUUUUCACCUAGUCCUUUUUAUUGUCAAGUUCAAAAUCCAACAUUAAGGCCGUGUUCACACUAUAUACGAGAUAGCUUUUUGUGCUGACAUAAAAAAACUGUGCGGUAUAGUAUAAACUCCUAUCCAAUAUUUGAAUCUCUGCUUAAGAGAUUGGUGUGAUGCAGCUUUGCUCCAUUUAAUACAGAAAUAGCGCCAAAAUCACCUUUCUUAUGUCAGAACUGAUGUGGUAUAGUUUUCUUGCCAGUGCAAAAGCUAUCUAUCCUGUAUGGUGUGAUCAUAAGCUAAAUCUUUCUGCAUACAUUUUUGUGGUUUCAGGAGAAAGUUUGGGGAAUUGCUUAUGAAAUCACGUCAAAAGACAUUCCUGAGGUACUUGAGUACCUUGACUUUCGCGAAAAGAAUGGCUACAAAGCCUCAUGGGUCAGAUUCCAUCCAAAGAAUGCUGAGCAUCAAGCUUUUCAAGCAAAGCUGUACAUUGCCACUCCUCAAAAUGAAUUUUACCUUGGCCCUGCACCACUGCCUGAGAUUGCAGAACAAAUUUUGACUUCAAAAGGACCUAGCGGAACAAAUUAUGAGUACCUGAUGAAUCUUGCUCAAGCAGUGCACAAUCUUAGUGCAGAGAUUGAGGAUGAUCAUCUCUUUCAGUUGGAAACCCUUGUCAAGAGUGGUUUAUCAAAAACUGCCUAG